AUGUCACGUGACUUUCCUUCAGCCAUCUUGGGGAGCAGACAAGUGUACCGGCAGCAAUGUUGUCAACGAGGGCUGCUAGAAGCGUUGCUAGAUCUCUAAAAGGACAGGUGCGGUUUUAUGCUGUGCCAAAACCUUCUGAAGAUAUUAUCCCACAUGCUAAUGUGCCUAAAUUUGAGAAGGAGCCACAAAAGGUUACAAAACUUGAGAAUGGGUUAACUGUUGCAUCAAUUGAGAAUGCUUCUCCCAUAUCAAAAGUGGGGAUAGCAGUGAAGGCAGGAGCACGGUAUGAAAGCGCAGGCUAUGAGGGCACAACUCAUUUCCUGAGAAAUGCUCUCGCACUUUCAACUGCUUCGACACAUGGCGUCUCAGUCGUCAGAGAGAUCCAGAAGAAUGGCUGCAACAUGAGGUGUGCUGCAAACAGAGAGUACUUAUUUUAUCAAGUUGAAGGCACAAGAGACACUAUAGAAGCAGGUAUCGACAUUAUGACAAUGGUCGUAACAGAGCCAUUAUACCUCAAGCACGAAAUGAAAACAGUUACUGGCCUUGUGGAUUUUGAUUUAAAGACUUUACAACCUGAAGCUUUGCUAAUGGAAGAUUUGCAUGCAGCAGCAUUCAAGGGUGGUUUGUCAAAUUCCAUCCAUUGUCCUUCAUACAAUGUCGACAACAUCAAAUCAGAAAUGAUGCAUGCAUACAGGCUGUCACUCUUCAAGGAGCCCAGAAUGGCCUUUGUGGGCAUUGGAGUAGAUGCAAACUUCAUGUUAGAAAAAGCAAAGCAAAUUCCUGCUAGUCUAAAUUUACUUGGCACAGCAGUAGAAAACACAUCUAAAUAUGUUGGUGGUGAAAGCAGACACCCAACAGGUGGUGAUUUGACUUAUGCCUCUCUAGUGACAGAAGGACCAGGUCUGACCAGCAAAGAUGCAGCAUCUGCAGCAGUAUUGCAGUACGUGAUGGGUGUUGGGCCCUCAGUCAAGUACAGCCCGGGACUUGUCAGCAGACUGGGAAAAGCGGUGCAUUCUGCCAUGGGAAAUGAUAAUUUUGCCAUUUCUGCUGUAAAUCUGCCCUACUCCGACACUGGUUUAUUUGGAUUCUCUGUGGCUGGAAACGCAUCAGACAUGGAAACUAUCAUGCAAGCAGCUGCAAAAGAGUUUGCUGCUGUGACAAAGAGCGGAGCGAUAUCUGAUCAGGCAGUAACCAGUGCCAAAAAUCAACUCAAAGCAGCCAUACAUAUGGAUUUUGAAAGUACAGCCAGUAUAGCCAACCACCUAGCUGUUGAAUCUUUGAUGACCGAUAAACCACGAGAACUCGGUGACUUACUGACGACUGUGGACAGCGUAUCAGCAGCAGAUGUCGCUAAUGUUGCAAAGAAGAUCAUCAACGGGAAGCCGACCAUGGCCUGCAGAGGAAACCUCUCCUGGACACCACGUUUGGUAGAUCUGAUGUAGACAGUCACAGGAAGUAUUCUCCAUAUUUCUUGGUGUGCAUUAUUUUGGUUCCAUGUGAACAAAGACAUCCUGUGGGGACUGUGGCUUGUUGCAGAAAUUCAUUCAUGCAACACUUCUCCUUAACAAAGGAACACAGUGCAUUGAAAGUAGUGUUUGAAUGGACAUUUAUAAAAAUUGUUGUUGAAAAAAACUGAAUAAAGAAUGUAUUUAUUACGUGA